AUGUUCCGCUGCAAACUAAGCGAGAAAAAUCUCAAAGACCGGCUUGAGAGGCAGGAGAGACCGGCUAAUUGUACUACAGCCAAGCCUCCCAAGGUAAACCCGGGCAUUUGGCGUCGACUGAGAGAGCCAACUAAGAAGAGGGAUUUACAAUUUUUCAAAAUACAACAAGCCCUCACAAAAGGCAUCCUGCCAGUUGUCCGAAUCACGGACAAGCUUAUGCAGGCAAAAUCGCUUAAUGCUGAUGAAUGCCAAGACCUAAAGAAACAGGGGCUGGAGGCCAUGUCCCUCCUCACUCAUGCCUCUUAUGAAAUAAACAUGCAGCGCCGUCUUCUACUGAGACCAGAUAUUGGGAGAGAAUACUCAGCUCUCUGCUCCUCCCAAUUGCCAUUUACAGAUUUUCUCUUUGGAGAUGAUCUACAAAAGCAUUUGAAAGAUAUUGGCGAUCACAACAAAAUCGGGGCCAAGAUCACCCCUAAUUAUAAAGGGCAUCGCCCUUCUCCAGGAAGACCUGGCAAUAACAGCUAUAAUGGCUAUAAGCAGUCAAAAAACUGGAGAGGCAACAACUUCAAACCUUGGAAAUCCAAGAACAAUGCCAACCGGGACAAGACAACCCGGACAAGCCAAUAG